AUCAAGGGAUUGAGGCUUACAAGAGCACACACGUACACAGCAGAGCAAAUAGGAGUAGUUUACAAGCGGCAAAUUGGAAGAGAUCAACCCAACACGAUGGCCGGCGAAGGAGACGACGUCAAGCUGCUGGGCGCGGCGGUGAGCCCGUUCGCGGUCCGCGUGCGAAUGACGCUGCACCUCAAGGGCGUGAGGUACGAGUACCUGGAGCAGGACCUGUUCAUCAAGGGUGAGCUCCUCCUCGCCACCAACCCGGUGCUCAAGAAGGUCCCCGUGCUCAUCCACGCAGGCAGGCCCGUCUGCGAGUCGCUUGCCAUCGUCGAGUACGUCGACGAGGUCUGGGCUUAUGGCGCCUCGCUCCUCCCUGCCGACCAUUACGGCCGCGCCGUAGCCCGCUUCUGGGCCGCCUACAUUGAUGACAAGCUGUUCCCCGCGUGGAUAGGCAUCCUACGCGCCGCCACGGAGGAGGACAGAGCCGAGAAGCUCGAGGCCGCGCUCGCGGUGGUUCGGCCCCUGGAGGACGCCCUCGCCCAAUGCUCUGGUGGGAAGGACUUCUUCGCUGGCGACUCCGUCGGGUACCUCGACCUCGCGCUCGGGUGCAACCUCUUCUGGUUCAAGGCGUUGCGAGAGAUGUUCGGCGUGACGGUCAUCGACGCCAGCAAGACUCCGCGCUUGGCCGCCUGGGCUGAGAGGUUCGAGCAAACGAAAGCAGGGAAGGAGGCGGCCCCGCCCAUGAAGAGAAUGGUUGAGCACGCCGGCAAGCUGCGGGCUAUGUGGGCGGCGGCUGCUGCAGCUACCAAGUAAUAAUUAAGUGGCAAGCUCGGAGGAGUUUCUUGAUUCGCUUGGCCUCGAGUUGUGUUUUGUUUGUCUAUAAAGGUGGUCAUCGUCGGUCGUCCCUUUUGAUUAGUUUACUUAUUAUUAAUAAAGAUCUGUAAAUUUCACUUUUCUGCA